AUGAUCCGUCUGAGAAGCCCUCACACGGUCAUCGUCUACGGAGCGGUCACGUCUCUGCUGGACCGCAUGGUUGUCGGGAUUUCCGCGCCGAAAUGCCUUCCUUCACAGCAAGUACAGAGUUCACGACGAUCUCAAGUCGGCAGCGUGCUACUGGACGGGUCUGGACGGGUGAAGGUAGAGCAUGACAAUAUGCUGCAGCUAUCAGGCGUGUACAGCGAACGAUUUGUUACGGGCACCCAGGUGAGCGUCGCCUGGAGCGCCGCCGAGGCGGAGGUGCUUGAAUCUGGCGGUAGCACCUACGCCAGCGGCGUCUACAGCUUCGGCAUCGUUGUUUGGGAAGUUGUGUCUGGUAAACUUCCUUUGGCAAGCAAAUCUUGCCCUGAUGGAAAUCCUGUCAGCGCUUUUGACGGGGGCGCGGCCUCCGUCCCGGACGAGGAACCCCACGCGCGGACCACUUUCGAUGCCGUGAUGGAGUGCAUGAAGUCACACGGCCGCCACGAGUUGUGUAGGUUCGAUCAACUAUAUGUGCUGGGGUCGGGAUGCGUGUUGUGGAUUGCCCUUCUGUUUCUUCUUCGCGUUGGUGUUCUGGACCAAACCAACUGUCAUUUUCCCGAAGAAUCUCUGAAGGAAUCUCCGAUGGAAUCUUCGAAAAAUGAGACAGUUGGAGAACAAUACCUAAAACGUCGACGGAGAUCUUCUUCACGCCGCCUGCCUUGUGGACGUAGCGAACAUUGCUCAGCAGGUGACAACAAACGCACGCUACAUAGCAGCGAGAGAGAACGGAUACGCGCCCUCCACUUCCUCUAUUCAGCUUGGUGGGGAAACAAGGGUGAGAAACCGAUUCAUCAGAGGAAGAAAAUGGCGCCCCGACAGCACAACCAGCAACAGCGGUGGCGGUGGGCAUCCGUUCCCUCCGCGUCCCUCCUUCUCUCCCUCGUCCUCGUCGUCACCCUCUCGCCCUUGCUAGCGAGGGCCACGAGCUCGUCCUCCUUCUCCUCCUUCUGUAUGGAGGAGACCCAGGCGUGCGAGGCAGACGAAGAGUGCUACGCUUGUCUCCUUAGCUGGCCGGCCACCGAUGCGACGACGUGCACCGACUAUUCCCUUGAGGGAGGGGAAACGACGUGCGAGGAAAAUGGGAUCGCCCACUGCUGCGGGUUCGAGGAGGGGACGGCCGAGUCCUGUAUGGAAAACGCCCUGCUGGAGGCGUUCUGGACGUGCACGCUCGCAGACGUCGGUUGCUCUCUCGGGGACAUGCCUUGCUCGACGGUAGCGGUAGUUGCGGUGUCUUCCGCCGCGCCAUCCAUCGGGCCCCUUUCUUCCAUGUACGGGGCCCCCGGUGCCGCACUGGCGGCUGCUGUCGUCGCUGUUUCCGCCGCUGCGAUUGGGCUGUAGACGGCGUGGAAAGAGAACGGAACCGGGGCGACAGUUGGCGCAGUGUUUCACCUCUAGGGAGGCGGGGCUUGUUGCACACGGUACCCGGUACCUCUUGUAGCAAAUGCAGCGACCGACAAGCUGCCUGGAGUAUGUGGUCGUAGGACGGUUGUAGUUGUUUCAGGACGCGUGUGGCUGCCGCGGGGAAGAGACGCAACCCUCGGUUUUCGCGUUUGAACGACAGGUGUAUCUAGCAGUUGGGGCAAAGGUGGCGCCUCGAGAUGGUCGGGCGGGUUGGUGUAGCUGACGAAAACAGUUGAUGGGUUGGCCGUCUGACAUAUUCGUCGUACGCCGUCCCGGCCCCUGGACUCUUGGCGUACCAACAUCGGGGGCCCGUGUAAUCAUUUACACCCAAUCACACAUAUCACGGUACCUGAAUUUCGGUAAAAGGAGAUGGAAUGAAUGGCGUGCUAGGCUGCUGCAUGCCAUCGCGAUUUUAACCAGUUCACCACACACGAAUGAGAUUGGUUGCGGGGGGAAGGGAUGGUGGCUAGACCGCGCUAGGAAUUGUAACAGAUUUGGCGUGUUCGUGUCUGUAGUGCACGCAGAAGGGGUUUCGCAGCCUGUGGGAUCCCGGGGGAGCGGGGGGGGAUGCGAGAGGAUAGCGUAGAUGGAUGGACACAAUGCCCUUCCUUUCGGUUCGAUAUUUUUUACACGUGGGAAAGAGCUUGGCUGCGGGUCGUCGUUUCUCGGUGGGGAAUACUAUAGUGGGUCUGGUUUGUCUCAGUUUUUUCGUACCUCGUGCUGAGGUCGCACUUCUUGAGCCAUCUCGAUAGGUCGGUCGGUGUAAGCGCGGUGUUGGCGAUUGACAUGAUGUGCAGCAGUACAAGACGUCAUUUACUUCUUCUCGAGUUCUUGUCUUCGUCGAAGGUCAUGCGCAGAAACAGUCCAUUCCAUGCUAUACAUUUCGAAGGGUUGUUGAGUUGUUUUCGGUCCCUUUUUUCACAUCGAGUCAUGAUCCACAGAGAGUUCCUUCACCCGUGCGAUAAGUUUGGCGGAAUCUUCGUUGCUUGGCCGUCUUUUGAUUUAUUUUUGGAUAUGUGAGCUCCUACUCAGCUUGCUUUCUUUGGUUGCAGGCUGCGGCAGGUUUUCGCAGUAUGUAUGCGUGUGUAAUGUUGUAGGCAGAUCUUCCACAAGGACCACUCUGCGGAUGGUCUGUUUGCGCCAAGUUAACCAGCCCGCAGCAACGGGGUGCGGGAGUUGGGUUGGUCUCAGUCCUGAAGUAGGCGAGAGGGGGGAAUUGGACAUGUGGAACUCUUGGUUUUGGAGCAGAGUGAGGUGGAGCUCGGAUUCGUUCCCCCCCUCCCUCGUCUUGGUUGCCAUCCGUCUACCUGCCGAUUGUUGGCGGCAUCUUGCUUGCCGCAUUAGUGUUUUGGCAUAUUUUCUUCCUUGUUUCGUUCGUGCAGGGUUGCUGUGGGAGGGAGGAUCCUUCGAAUCGAAUCAACGUUGGAGUCGUGAGGAAAAACAAUAAAUAUGUGAGGACGGCGGGAACCGGACUUGUAUCAUCGUCUUUCUGAUUCGUUUGUUCUGUUUUUGCCAUUUUCUCGUGACUGACUUGCUUGGUCGUUGUUCUUGGCCGUUCUUGACGCGUGCUACAACUCUGAACUGUACCCGGCAUCGACGUCUCGUUUGAGCGGCAUGGGAUAUGGAAGUUUAAUGUCACGAACGAACACGCUGCAGGUACAGGUGUGAUGGAUGAAAAAACUGCAUAGAAGGUUGGGUGUUUUUCGUCGCAUGUACAGUAGGAAUUGCACUUCCUCGGGGCGGCAUUCAUUUUUAUGUUCGUUUACACCAAGAAUGAGAUUCAUAGGCAACCUCUCUCGUCCAAAAUACAGUAAGAAUGAACGUUUUAGAUGUACAACAUAUC